AUGUUGACCAACUUCACGGAUAUUACCUCUUCUUACGACUCCAAAUUGGAUGACUAUAUUGAUUAUGUCAAGUCGACAAUCAAAACCCAGCUGGACGACUUCAUAAGUCCUAACAAACCGUUGGAACCCGAAAACCAAUUAUUGGAAUGCACGUACAGUCGCCUUAGAGUGAAUAAUACCCCGAAUUCCUGUCUAGCUGAUAUCGGCAUAGACGCAGGCACUUAUUCGGUGUUUUACAUGCUUUUGGAUGCAGACGGGUUCUACAGUAACCUUACCAAGAUAUACGGUAUUGUUAAAGCAUGGGUUCAAUUUGGGGAGGACCCCUUUAAUAUCACCUGUACUGGGCAGUCAUCACGGAACCCCUGUGAGCCGCUACAUCUAACAGACAAAGGGUUUCCUGUGAAGGCACCGGAUAGCGACAUCACGGUGACCAAUCUCAGGGACAUUAUGACAACUGUAAUGCCUAACAUUCAGAAUCUCACGCAGACGAUGAGUGUUGCCAAGAUGGAGCUGGCGUUGGGUUCGUGGAUGGGUGCAACGGAUGAUAUGGUUCAGUCAAUCUCUAUGGCAAUCUUCUUGCUGAGCCAGCCUGUGACGAACAUACAGAAUGUAGUCAUAACAGCAGACGCUUAUGAUGUCGAGAAAAAGAAGGAGCUGAUCAACGACAUCCUUAUGGAGAUGCUUCUCAUGAUACCCUUCUUAGGCGAGCUGGACCUGGUAGUGGAUGAUGCCUUUGCUGGUAUGUCACGGAUUAUCAUGAUGAUUGGCGAUGCUGGGGUGGGCGUCACAAACAUUUAUUCGAUUGCAGAAGAUCCUAAGAUGGCACCGAUUAUCAUUUUAGAAGCUUUACUACUUACUGGUACGCGGGAUCCGGGGGACUUCUCGACCAUGGCCACUGCGAGGAGAGAUAUGACCAAGGAUGAUUUGGCAAGUUUAGGCACUGAGCUGGAAACACUGGAUGGUCAGUUUCGGAAGAUUGUUGUUAAGUGCUUAGUGUAA